AUGGCUAACCUACGGCGGCGCCACCAGUACUGCAGCCGUGUGCGGUAUCUUAUCCCGGCCAUCUCCUCCAUUUCCUCAGUUCUUCUCCUUCUCUUCAUUUUUCUCUCUUUCUUCGCGCCUUCUCCUGUCCACAAUGAUCUUCUCCAUCGUUCUCAACACUAUUUCACGAGGAAUUAUGACGUUAAUGAAGCGGAUGAAAUGCCAGUUUUUCGUGUGCCAAUCAAUGGAGGAGUAUAUGAUCGUGAUAUUUGGAGUUCAAAAAACGCACAAUUUUACAAUGGAUGCAGCAAUGCAAGCAGUAAAUUUGCAAAAUCUGAAGACGUCACACAGCCUAAUCGUUACCUGGCAAUUGCAACCAGUGGAGGUUUAAACCAACAAAGAACUGGGAUAACUGAUUCUGUUGUUGCUGCUCGCAUCCUGAAUGCUACUCUUGUUGUCCCAAAGCUGGACAAAAGAUCUUUCUGGAAGGAUGAUAGCAACUUUUCGGAUAUCUUCAAUGUUGAUUGGUUUAUAUCAUAUCUAGCAGAAGAUGUCAAAAUCAUUAAAGAGCUUCCACCAAAGAGAGAGCAGAUAUGGACUCCACAUAACAUGCGAGUUCCACGAAAGUGCAAUGAAGGAUGCUAUAUUAAGCGUCUAUUGCCUGUACUUACAAAGAAGCACGCUGUGCAGUUGUCAAAAUUUGACUAUAGACUUUCUAAUAGGUUGAAGGCAGAACUGCAAAAGCUUAGAUGCCGAGUCAAUUACCAUGCUUUGAAGUUCACUAACCCCAUCCUUGAAAUGGGAGCAAAAUUAGUGAAGAGAAUGAGAAUCACGAGCAAGCGUUAUAUUGCUCUUCACCUAAGGUUUGAACCUGAUAUGCUUGCAUUCUCUGGAUGUUAUUAUGGUGGAGGAGAAGAGGAGAAGAGGGAACUGGGUAAAUUACGGAGGAGGUGGAAAACAUUACAUAAUAGCAAUCCAGAUAGGGGGAGGAGGCAAGGAAGAUGCCCUCUUACUCCUGAGGAAGUUGGUUUGAUGCUAAGAGCACUUGGAUUCGGGAGAGAUACUCAUAUAUAUGUGGCAUCUGGAGAAGUAUAUAGAGGCGAAGAAUCACUGGCCCCUUUAAAGGCACUUUUCCCUAACUUCUAUUCUAAAGAAACAAUAUCAAGGAAGGAGGAGUUGGAACCAUUUUCUGCAUUUUCCGCUCGCAUGGCUGCAUUAGACUUUAUAGUUUGUGACGAAAGUGAUGUAUUUGUUACCAAUAACAAUGGAAAUAUGGCAAAAAUUAUAGCAGGGAGAAGGAGAUAUUUUGGUCAUAAACCUAGUAUUCGUCCAAAUGCUAAAAAACUAUACAAGUUGUUCCUGAACCGUGAUAACAUGACUUGGGAGGAAUUCGCUUCUAAUGUUCGUACAUUUCAAAAAGGUUUUAUGGGAGAGCCAAAGGAGAUUAAGCCAGGGAAGGGGGAAUUUCAUGAAUACCCAACUGCCUGCAUCUGUGAAGAUUCCAAGGCUAAAGCAAAGAUGAGUCCAGGUCCACAAAAACUUGGUACGGUAUCUGUUCCAGACAAGAGAAACGUGGAUGUAGUUGUUAAAGAUCAAAACAUGGACAAUGAACGGGAAUGGUCUGAUCCUGAAUAUGAGGACGAUACAAGUAAUAAGCAGCAAGAAGACUCGUAUAAUGAAGCCAGCUUGGAUGAGGAGCUCGAGUUGGAUGAGUUGCUUCCGGAUUGA